GUGCAUUAUGGAGUUCACAUGAUCAUUCACACUGUGUUAUUUCUCCGUUUACAUUAGUAAUGCAGAGGAAGUGCUUUGCCAAUGAUAUCCUGUCCAUGAUCCCUUUAACCUAUAGAGUAUUUGUGAGUGACAUGGAUGUGUAGGUGAAAGGUGAAUCCUGUUUAGUUGGGUAAGUAUUGAGACGUCACUGUUGGGUCAUAGUCCAUGGCUACCGUGAUGAAAUAUGCGCCCUUUUCCAAUUAUCCAAAGUCCAACAUUUAUUUCACUUCAAUUACAGAGGGAGUGAGAUAUUUGAUCAUUGAAAAGAUAGCUGAUAAAACGAUAACUUUAACAUAUUAUAUGUGCCCUUAGAAAGCCUUGACAUGAAUGAAGUUUAUGGGCCUAAUAUGUGAAUUUCAAUGGGAAUUGAGUAGCUGCUGUGAUGCACAUUGUCCUUAAAAUACUCCUUCCUUCCUCUAAAGCAAAGCUGUGUUGAUGUACCUUGCAAGCCAAAUCUUUAAUCAGUUGCAUGGUAGGCUUGAGAAGAAUAAAGGCGGGAAUAUGACCCGGCAGCGCCAGGCGGCCGCACUCUGUUUUCCCUGCUUAUUUCCACUGUCACUGUCACCUAACCUCACAGGCAUCAUAAAUCAUUCAGCAGGCCAUUGAAAGUGAUGCAGCACAACUAUCCUGCUACUACAUCUCUGUCCUAUACCAACAGACAGAUCAGGACAUGUGUGCAAGACUACAGCAGACAGGAGUGAGGUUACUACACCAUCUUCAAAUACUUCAACUUCUUUAUUGGCUACGACCAAAACGAGGCAGGACAUCAAGAGACUUUUCACAGGUCCUGGAUGAAGAAUUUCAAAACCUCGGCAGCUGGACAUAUUAACUAUGCUAUGGACUUGUAGAUGGGAGAGUUUCAGGUGUGUGUGGUGGCUGAGUGUUGUGCUUCUUAGUCUGGUCCAUGGAAACAACUUAAGUCAUCAGUUCCAGGAGAGGCCAUCCUGCCGGCCAGGUUUCUACUGCCCUUUGUGGGACUUCAUUCCAGUCCCUUGUCCCAGAGGAACCUAUGGGCCAACUUCUGGUGCAACGUCCAUCGACAGCUGUUUCAAGUGUCCUGCUCAGCACUUCUGUCCUGGACCAGGCCUGUCCGCCUCCCUGCCCUGUGGUCCUGAGGCUCAGCAGCCUCUCUCUGGUCAAGACACCUGCGUUUGUCUGGGAGAGGGACAGAUUUUCCAGACCAGUGAUGGGAGGUGCCACUGCACCAUCGGCUACCAACCUGCCAACAAUGGAGAGGCGUGCGUACACAAACUCUACUAUGUCUGCAGAGAUGGAAGAACUCGUUCACAGUACGGAGACUGUCUGGACAGAUAUCAGUGGUUACUUCAUUGCAGGCAACAGGUGUGUCCCACUGAAGAGGACUACCGGGGUUAUGACGGGGAGCUUGGUCUGUGCGUAUGCAGAGAGCCUCCUGGAAGAUCUGCAUGUGGAGGCCUUUGUAGGAGAAGGCCAGCUACUGAGUUAAAGCUCAACUGCCAGUACAAUGGAGAUAUGGAGCUGGUGUGGAGCUACGGCAGUCAGGUGACAGGCGUCUCUGGCAGCGGGCUGGAUUUGUUUUUUAAACAGUCAGACUUCCUGGGGACUCCUCUGUGUACCAGUUAUCUCAACUCUUCACAUGCUGUCUACAUUGUUCAGACCACCGAGGCAGGCUUCAUCGGCCUCCUCAGCGGCCUCCCUAAGGAGCUUCAGCAGCUCUUUCCUGUCGGCACACAGUGGGACACUCAGACUUCAGGUGGUUUGUCAAAAACACAUUUCCUUGUCGUCAAAACAGAUAAUGAUGAAUGAGCCACAUUGAAGGUCCUAUAAUGUCGUUGUUUUUUUAGGGAGAGAUUCUGGCGUUCUGUGGGAGAUCACGGAAGAUGAAUACAUCAGUCGUGAAGGAAUAGAAAUGAAUUCCAGCCACAGGAAGGGAAACAAGAGUGAUACCAAGGAAGAAGUGAAAGACACAAGUGUAACCGGAGUCCUGAACCCCACAACUUGUCUCCGUUUGGGGGACGUUAUACUCUUCACUGUGGAUACACGUCUCUAUCCUCAGUAUGAUCUUGACAACUUGUACAACACAAACAGAGACUUCGACUGGGGCGCAUUCAGACAGCUGAAGGAAGAGCUGACCCUGUCUUGGACUCCUCCUAGUUUCUUUGCAGUGGUCUUUAGCCAGCCCGGAGUGUACGUUUUUACACUGAGCAGCAAUCAGCACAAACACUUGUAUGUGAGGGUGAUGCCUGCAGGCGGCCAGUGUUAUGAGCCCAGCCCCUUCUUCCCCACCAUCCCUCGACACGUGACCAGGGUGGGAAUCAGUAGGAGACGCAACCUGCUGCUGCGGCCGGACUGGCUGGUGACCGGAGGACUACUAUUUGGAGCUGUGAUCAUCCUGUGUAUUUGUGUUACA